UCAGAAUUUGGCGCGAGGCGAUUACGAGCUGGGAGAGAGUGUGCACGCGCAGAUCUGGAAGCAGAUACCAACAAACAUUUAUCUGCGCUGGAAAACUGGAUUAUGGCGGAAACCGUUUAGAAAACUGGGUUAUGCCGCUAUCUUUAUUGAAAAAAGCUAAAGAAAUCCUCACGCAAUGUCUGCUGCAGUGGAAACUACAACGUUCAGGGUGCCUCUCCCUCUCCCAGCCCACCUCUCCCAUGCAGAGCAGUCCUUCUCCCUCAAAAAGCGCCGAUUACCAUUUUCCUCAUCGUCCGCAUCCAACUCCUCCAGCUCCUCCCCUGCUCGAGGCUCCUAUUGCCUCCCUCCACUGCCACCAUCUAAGGGAUGCCCCACUCUGAGCAGGAUGUUCCCUCAUCAUCAGUCCCCGUGGACACCGCUGUCCGAUUCUCUGAGUAAAUCUCCCCCUCCGAGCUCUGUGUAUGAUCCCGUUAAGCAUAAAUCCUAUUUUGGUCAGUGCUUCACUAAUUUGGGCCUUCUUGGGAGAGGAUCCUUUGGAGAGGUCUAUAAGGUGCAAAGCAACAAAGAUGGACGUCUGUAUGCUGUAAAGCGCUCUGCUCAGCGCUUCAGGGGUAACAGCGAGAGAAAGCGAAGCAUUAAAGAAGCCAGGAACCAUGAAUGCAUUUGUCGUCAUCCUCACAUUCUGGACUUUGUGGCAGCGUGGGAGGAGAGUGGCCGACUGUACAUUCAGACAGAGUUAUGCUGCACCAGCUUGCUGCAUCAUGCUGAGAACAAGCCCCCUGGCCCAGAUGAACCAGCAGCGUGGGGCUACCUGUGCGACCUCCUGUCUGCUCUGCAGCACCUGCACUCUCAUGAUUUCAUACAUUUGGACCUUAAACCCGCCAAUGUCCUAAUCACGGAUUCUGGCCGUCUCAAGCUGGGAGACUUUGGGCUGAUGUUGGAGACCAAUCAGGCGGGUGAAGAAUGCAGAAACAGGAAGGCAAAGGAUGACGUCCAGGAGGGAGACCCAAGAUACAUGGCUCCUGAGCUGCUCCGUGGUGAAUACGGACUUGCUGCAGAUGUUUUUAGUCUGGGUGUUUCUAUUCUCGAGCUUGCUUGUAACCUUGAAGUUCCAAACGGUGGCAAGGGAUGGCAGCAGCUCAGACAGGGCCACCUUCCCUCAGAGUUCACCAACGGCCUCUCCGUUGAGCUUCAGUCAGUCCUGAGGAUGAUGCUGGCCCCAGAACCAUCUGAAAGACCAACAGUCUCUGAGCUUCUUGCUCUGCCUUCUGUCAGGAAGCGCAGAUGGAAAAGGCACAUUUAUCUCAUGGUUGCAGAGACCAUGCUGACACUGGUCUCCUUCUGCCGAUUUGUGGUGUGCUUCGGCUGCAAGCUCCUAACUUCAGUUCGCAUACCGUUUCUGCCUUGCUGGUCGAAGCCUGAGCCCUGUACGCCCCCUAAGGACAGCUGGGACGGAGAUGUGACGCUGUCCCUGAGUUCCCUGCAUGAUGACCCAGGAAGUCCUGAGGAUGAUGGAGUUUUUCUGCAUUGCACAGACCCAGAUCUUUCCCCCACGUUUUCACACAGGAUUAAAUCCCGGCUGUCAGUGGAAAGCACAUCCACUCCUCUCCCAGGUUCUCCGAUUCACAACCGCCAAAGCCCUGUCCACACAUCCCUAAUAUCGACACCGUCGGUUCUGGGUGACUGGUCGUCCUGUAACUUGGCUCUGACUCCAUCCAGCAUCCACUCAAACGGCUCCCGCCAAACACUGACACCCAACAUUAGCCCCAUACAUGCAGAGCCUCAUCCAAGCUCUUCGUCCACCAGGUCCUCCGAACGGCACAAUCGUAACCGGGUCCGCCCAGACGAGGCAGUACCACGAUCUAACUUUGAACCAAAGAACCUGCUCAGCCUGUUUGAAGAAACAACUCUGGAGGGACAACCUUGAGAGCAUUUUUUUCAUCCCUCUUUGAAAAGUGUCAUAAAGAGAUGAUGCAGUGUUGGGUUUGUGUGAACGGUUUUUCCUGCCAUUUUAUAAGUUCUGCAGUGGGUUCUUUUAAAGUGUUAUUUUUUUAAAGAAUUGAUUCAGAGAAAGGGUUUGAAUGUGUAAUCAAACCUUACCGCAAUUUAUGUUUGUGUAAAUGCAGUUUGCCAACUGGCAUUGCAUGAUUUACAUUCCAAAAAGUUACCAAUUGCAUGAUGGACUAUAGAGUAAUGUUCCCCACAAGCUGCAAAGGAAAUAUUUAACUUGUGGUGCGUGCUGUGGUUAUAAAGCUUCCAAAAACAUAAA